AGUCUUUUUAAAUAACGAUUACUUAGCAAAUAGUAGCUAGACAUAAAUAGUAAUAUUGUCAAGUUGUUCAUUAUUUAAAAAAUAUUAACAGUGCAAUGUAUGGUUUAACUAUUUGUUUUAUCAGUGGAAAUUAAAAUGGGUGAAUGUGAAGUGAACGAUUUGAAAGGCAUAAAACAGAAGUUACAUGAUUUGGCAGGUUAUCAAACACAAAAUGCCGCUGAAAGCAGUUAUGAAAAAUAUUCAAUUAACGAAGCGCGUUGGUUUAAGUUAUUUCCCGAUAUCAAAACAGAAGUUAUAGAAGAAGAAAUCAAGCAAAUAAAAAAUUCUAUUGAAAAUUUUGAACAGUCGAGUAGUUACGUUCGAAGUAAUUUUCAGAAUGUAUUAGUUCCUGUUGUAUAUGAAGCUUUGUAUUAUAUUUUUACCUAUUCUGACGAGAGCUUUCGCCAAAUUAAUUUCAACGAUUUGAAAGAAUAUUUUUAUAGUUGUUUAAAAAAUAAUGGUUCACCCACAAAAAUUGCAUACGAACAACAGUUUAAGACACUUCUGCCUAUAGUUAAAUUCGACGUGUGCAAUAUAUUUCAAGAAUUUGGAUGCAAAAUACGACUAAAAGAGCUUUUAGGCAACUUAAAACUUUUUUUCCAAUACCCAAAAAUACACAAGGAGGACGUUUAUGCUAUUCUCAGAAAUAAAUUGAAAUCCAGUGAUUACAAAUUGAUUUCAUAUGAUCUAGUCCAACUGAAAGAAAGGAAUGGACAUUUGGGUGAUUAUUUUAGUUUAAAAGUUGACCUAGAAUUUGAACAUAAUAUAGAACAUUAUAAUUUCUUCGUUAAAUCAAUUUUUUCCAAAUCAGACCAUCUACAACAUAUUAUAGAAAACGGAUGUUCCAAAAAGGAAGAAUUUUUCUAUUUAACAUACUUGCCAUUGCUCCAGGAAUACGGUCUUGAAAGUCUUCAAAAUUUUGCACCACAAUGCUAUUUGUCCAGAGAAAAUGAUCUUCUUGUUCUAGAUAAUUUGGCUACGGCGGGAUAUGUAGGUGUUACACCUAAUACAAAUUUGGAUUUUCAUUGUUUAAGCUUAACAAUUUCAAAAUUAGCAAAUUUUCACUCUUCGUGUAUCAUUCUAGAGGAGCUUUGGAACAGAAACGAUAAAAAUCCAAUAACAUUUAAGGAGGUAUUUAGUGAAUAUCUUUGCGAAGCAUUUUUAAUAGACAAUAAAAGUCAUUCUAUGACCCCAAAUUUCGAUAGGUCUUUUGAUAACUUAUUAUAUUUGCUAGAAAAGUUUCCUAAUAUAUAUGAUGAAUUCACUUUUAUGGAACUUGAAGACAAAUUGAAGAAAGGCUGGAAAUUAAUGUUCGAAAGAGUUAAGGAAUCCAAACAAUUUCGCAAUGUAAUAUGCCAUGGAGAUAUGCACGUGGCCAACGUAUUAUUAAAAUAUUAUGGUGGUACUAUCUGUCAGGACAUCUUACUUGUCGACUUUCAGCUACUAAGAUACUGUCCUCCUGUUCAAGACUUAUUGCUCUUUAUUUAUGAAAAUAGUUCUAAAGAAACGAGAGAUACAUAUUUAACUAAAUUAACUGAACAGUAUUAUGAAAACCUGUCUAAGAAUUUAGAAAAUUUUGGUAUUAUUACUGAUAACAUCCUAUCACAUGAAGAUUUUGUCAAAAGUAUGGAAUACAUGCGAAUUGAAGCUGUAAUGCAGUCAUUAUAUUAUUCUGUUGUUAUGAAAUUGGAUCCCAAAGUUAGAGAAGAACUAUUUUUUGGCGAAAAAAAGCCAAAACAAAUGCUUGCUAGGGGAGCUGUCGUUGAUGUGGGAUUGGAAAGUGAGAAAUAUAAACAAGCAAUGAAAGAACUUUUAGUUGAAUUUGUACAAUUAUGUAAAAACGGUUAUUUAUAAAUCAUUUUAAUUUUGAUCAUUUUAGUUAGCUUAGAUUUACUUAUACAAUUAAUAUAGAUAUGUAUAGAUUUUUAAGUUUUAUAAUAAUUGUAUAUUAUUUAUAUUUUACAGGUUAAGAUAUUUUUUUAAUUUGAACAUUAAUUUAAUAUUUGAAUUAUUUUUUAAGUCCGUAUUUUAUAUAAAAAAUUAUCAGCAAAACCCUGGAUAUUUCGCCAUUUUCUGAUUAAUUGCUGAAAACCUUAUUUUGGACUGAUCUUAUUUUCAUUGUAGUUGUUUCUUAAUGUCUAAUUUUGCAAUUAUAUUAUUUAAAUAUAUCGUUCAUAUAA